AUGCUUGGUAAUACUCUUCUCAAGGCUGCUGCCCUGGUGGCAGCAUUGGCCACCUCAUCUGAUGCUCUCGCUCUCAAGAAGCCUAAUUACAAUGAAUUGAUCAAGCCGUACAAGAGAGAACUUCUUCAGGAUCUGGUGUCCUGGGAUGAGCAUUCUCUAUAUGUACGCGGAGAGAGGAUCAUGAUCUACUCUGGAGAGGUCCAUCCUUUCAGAUUGCCCGUACCCAGUCUUUGGCUAGAUGUCCUUCAAAAGAUCAAGGCAUUAGGCUACAAUGCUGUCUCGUUCUACGUCAACUGGGCUCUGCACGAAGGCAAACAGGGCGAGUUCAAUGCCGAAGGUGUCUUCGCUUGGGAACCCUUCUUCGAAGCCGCCCAGGAGGCCGGUAUAUACCUGAUCGCUCGUCCUGGACCCUACAUUAAUGCUGAGGUCACCGGCGGUGGCUUCCCCGGAUGGUUGGCUCGUAAUCCAGGUAUCCCCAGAACUCGCGAUCCAAACUUCCUCAACGCCACCGACUACUACUCCCGCGCUAUUGGAGAGAUCAUUGCGAAGGCUCAGAUCACUGAAGGGGGACCUAUCAUCCUGUACCAGCCUGAAAAUGAGUACUCGCAGGCCGUGCCAAGUGAUCCUGAAUUUCCGGAUCCGGUCUAUUUUGGAGCUGUCGAACAAAAGUUCAGAGAUGCUGGAAUCGUUGUACCCUCUAUCAGUAACGAUGCCUAUCCUCAUGGAUACUUCGCACCAGGACAAGCUGCUGCCGUGGACAUAUACGGCCAUGACGCAAUGCUGAUCUUUCUCCAGGGCUACCCGCUAGGCUUCGAUUGCGCCAACCCAACUACCUGGCCCGACAACGCCCUUCCCACGUACUAUGGCGAUCUUCAUGCUGAACAAAGUCCCUCGACCCCCUACUCCAUCCUCGAAUUUCAGGGGGGUUCCUUCGACCCCUGGGGCGGACUCGGCUUCGCUCAGUGCGCUGAACUGCUCAACACCGAAUUCCAGAGAGUCUUCUACAAGAAUGACUACUCCUUCGGAGUAACCAUCUUCAACAUCUAUAUGACUUAUGGUGGUACUAAUUGGGGUGGCUUGAGUCAUCCUGGUGGCUACACAUCCUACGACUACGGAGCUGUUAUCACCGAGGACCGUCUCGUGUCCCGCGAGAAGUACAGCGAAGCUAAGCUUGAAGCCAACUUCCUGCAAGCUUCACCAGCAUACUUGACUGCUAUCCCCCAGAACAACACUCACGCCAACGGCUCAUACACUAACAAUGCUGACAUUGCUGUCACUGCAUUGCUCGGAAACAGGACCAACUUCUUCGUCAUCAGACACGCUGCAUACAACUCUCGUGCUUCGACCGAAUUCAAGCUACACCUUCCUACCAGUCAAGGCAAUAUCACCAUUCCUCAAUUGAACGGCUCGCUCGUCUUGAACGGCCGCGACUCCAAGUUCGCUGUCACCGACUAUGAUGCUGCUGGUACCAACCUUCUUUACUCAUCUGCUGAGAUUUUUACCCAAAAAUCUUAUGGUGACAAGCAAGUUUUGAUCGUCUACGCGGGUCCCAAUGAGAACCAUGAGCUUGCAUUGACCCUGUCCUGUAGCAGCGAAGUCAUUGAGGGCUCUGGUGUCAACAUCGUGAAGAAGAAGGGCACCACCAUUCUUGGUUUCAAGAGCAGCUCUGAGAGACGUAUCGUCAAGAUUGGGGACCUCUACAUCUAUAUCCUCGACCGUAACGACGCCUACAACUACUGGGUUCUUGACUUGCCUUCGAGCACAAGUUCUGCCGCCAUCAUCAAAGCUGGCUAUCUCCUUCGUACUGUCGAGAUCAGCGGCAACUCUAUGCAUCUUACUGGUGAUCUCAAUGCCACCACUGAUGUUGAGAUCGUUGGCGGUGCACCUUCCAAGCUUACUGAGCUUACUUUCAACAGUAAGAGCAUCAAGUUCGCACAGGAUAGCUGCUCUGGUGUGGUUACUGGUUCGGUCGCUUACGUGGAGCCUUCCUUCUCCAUCCCUGAUUUGUCAACUGUAGGCUGGCAGGUGAUCGACAGUCUUCCCGAGAUCGCUGCUGGAUACGACGACAGUCUCUGGACCAGUGCCGACCUGACCUACAGCAACAACACCCAGCGUAAUUUGACUACGUCUGUUUCACUCUACGCUCAGGACUAUGGAUAUCUCACUGGCAACCUUCUAUACCGUGGUCACUUUGUUGCUGCCGGUAACGAGAGCUCCAUCUAUCUCCAAACUCAAGGUGGGUCUGCUUUUGGCAUGUCUGCCUGGUUGAACAGUACCUUCUUGGGCUCAGCUCGUGGUAUCGACGCUGCCUCGAACGCCAACUCGACCUUUACUCUGCCUAAUGUUGCUGCCGGUAGCUCCUACGUCCUGACUAUCCUUCUCGACCACAUGGGUCUGCAAGAGAACGGCCAAGGUGGUUCCAGUGAGAUGAAGACCCCUCGUGGUAUCCUCAACUACUCUCUCAGCGGUCGCGACGCUUCUGCAAUUACCUGGAAGCUGACAGGUAACCUUGGUGGUGAAAGCUACAAGGAUCGCACUAGAGGACCUCUCAACGAAGGAGGUCUUUACGUAGAGCGUCAAGGCUACCAUCUCCCUGGCGCACCUACCUCCAGCUGGGCCAACAGCACUGGUCCCAUGACUGGUAUCUCAUACCCCGGUGUCGCCUUCUACGCUACCACCUUCGACCUCGACAUGCCAGCCGGCUACGACAUCCCCAUCGCCAUCUCCUUCUCCAACGCCACAUCCAGCAGCAAUGGCUCCACCCCUGUGGCGUACAGAAGUCAAAUCUACGUCAAUGGCUACCAAUUCGGCAAGUACGUCUCCAACAUCGGACCUCAGGAUGUCUUCCCUGUUCCUCAAGGUAUUUUCAACUACAAUGGACCCAACUACUUUGGUGUCUCGCUGUGGGCUCUUGAUGAGGGUGGUGCUAAGAUCUCCAACUUGAGCUUGGUUGCUGGGCCAGUCAUCCAGAGUGGUUAUGGACCUAUUGAGUUGAGUCCUAUGACUGGCUGGUCGAAGAGAGAGGGCGCUUACUAG